AUGUACAGAGGCGUACCUCGUUUAAGGGCUUCUGGCUCGUUGAUAUGGAACAAUCUAUCGAAGGCCCAGCUGAGAAGAAGAGCUUCGAAUUCAAUUGCUGCUAUUCAAGACACGUUUUUUUCCACCAAGGAGAUUUUUGAGAGGCAUGAAGUGGUGUUUACCAUAUCAACUUCUAUUGCAUCAAUUGCUACAGCAUGGGCUGGUUAUACUUUACGUCACUUGCACGAGUCAAGAGUGGAGCAAAAGCUUGAAGCAAUUGAAAAGACCAUGAAAGGCAGUUAUCGCUUGGAAGAUCCUGAGAUUAAGAAACUUGUUUCGGGAACUGUGAGUUUUCCAAGUUGUGUCGCGACUGCCGGAACCAGUUUGAUUAUUGGGUAUGUCUUGGGUUGGCGAGGCGGGGCCUGGUAUGCAAACCGUAAGUUCAGAAGAGAACAAAUGAAAUUGUUAGGACUGAUAAAGCCUAAAAGGUGGCCACUCAAGUUCCUAAGAAGGCCCCUUAUAAGACCUAAACUGAAAGAAACUGCCGAAGGUAAGGUUUCUUCAGAACCCUUGCAAACAACAACACAACAGUCAUGUCCGAAGAUCAACAAACAAAAUUUAUGA